AAAAUUGUACAGUUUUAGAAUUCAUAUCUAUGUUGUAUUUUACACUUUUUAAGUACAUUAUAAUUUGAGUUAAGGAGAUCAAUAGAAGAGAAAGGAAGAAGGAGCCUAAAUAAGAAAGAAAACAGUUUAAAAAAAGGAACUAUUAUUAUAAGAACAGCUGUAGCUGGAAAUUCCAAAAGAAUGGCCAUCGAAAUUCGCGGCAAAAGCAUCACCUAUAUGUAAACAACGAUCCAUCCUCCACCAUUCUUCCAACCUUUACCAUUUCUAGACAAGUGUUUGGCUCUAACCUUUUCCCACUUCUUAAACCCAUUUUCCAACCUCAAUCUUCCACUUUCCUCUGUUUCUUCUCCUUCCCUCCCCAAUAACUCCCAUUUCUGUUCCUUUCUCAACUCCCUUUCAACAAAAUUUCCUCUCUUUGCAUGUAAAAUUCCUUUCCCCUCCGCCAUUGGAUUCAUGGGUCCCUGCUAAAACCUCCAUCGGUUGUUUUUGCUGGCUUCAUUACGUUCCAAUUAGCAGGCCCCUAACGAAGAAUCCUUGUUUUUAAUCCACUCAAUUGCUGUGAUGUAGAUUGCUCAAUUCCCACGCUCUCUUGAUCCGAGGUUGACCGAGACGAUUGAUUUACCCUGAAGAUCAUUAUCGGUAUAUGUUGUUCUGGGUUCUGAAAUGGAGCAAUUUCGGCAGCUUGGAGAGGCAUUAGGAAGUGUAAAAGCCCUUAUGCUAUUCAAAGAUAGCGUUCAUAUAAAUCAGAGGCAAUGCUGUUUAUUGCUUGAUGUUUUGAGCUUUGCGUAUGAUUCAGUGGCAGAGGAGAUGAAACAGAAUCUUCGAUUUGAAGAGAAGCAUACUAGAUGGAAGGUUUUGGAUCAGCCUUUGAGAGACCUAAACAGGGUAUUCAAAGAAGCAGAAUGGUAUAUUAGGCAAUGUUUGGAAACAAAAGAUUGGUGGGCAAAAGUGAUUACGCUAUAUCAGAAUACUGAUUGUAUUGAAUUUCAUAUUCAUAAUCUGUUGUACAGCAUUACGGUUGUCGUUGAAGCCAUUGAAACUGCUGGGGAGAAUUCUGGUAGUGAUCAUGAUGAGUUGCUGAAGAAGAGACUAAUCAACUCCAUCAAAUACAGGAGAGAACACAAGGAUUUGAAGAUUUUCAAGUGGAAAUUUGGGAAACAAUACCUUAUUACUCGAGAUUUCUGUAAUCGAAUUGAUGCGGUUUGGAAUGAGGAUAGAUGGUUUCUACUCAAUAAGAUCCGGGAGAAGAAAUCCACGGCUUCGUCCAAGUACGAACAACGAUUAACAGAUCAUCUUAUGAAAAACAUUAAUGGGUCAGAAUCUUUGAAUGGAAAGCUAUUGCCAAGUUCAAUGCUAGUGGGAUCGAAGGAUUACCAGGUGAGGAGAAGAUUAGGGGGUGGCAGUCAAUAUAAAGAGAUUCUCUGGUUAGGGGAAAGUUUUGCUAUGAGACACUUUUUUGGGGAAAUUGAAUCCUUAAUUCCAGAGAUAUCAAUACUGUUAUCUCUUUCUCAUCCAAACAUCACAAGAUUUCUUUGUGGGUUUACUGAUGAGGAAAAGAAGGAGUGUUUCUUGAUAAUGGAACUCAUGAGUAGAGAUCUGUCAAGCUAUGUAAAGGAGAUUUGUGGCCCUCGUAAGAGAAUUCCAUUUCCUCUUCCUGUAGCUCUAGAUUUGAUGCUUCAGAUUGCAAGAGGAAUGGAAUAUCUGCACUCAAAGAAGGUCUAUCAUGGUGAUUUAAACCCUUGCAACAUUCUGGUUAAGCCAAGAGCUUAUUCUACAGAUGGCUAUGUACAUGGUCAGGUCUCAGGGUUUGGCCUACCUGCUGUCAAGUUUAAGAACUCUUCCAAUCAGAAUGAAUCUCUCCCGUUCAUAUGGUAUGCUCCAGAAGUUUUAGAAGAACAGGACCAAUCAGGAAGUGCUGAGAGUUCUAAGUAUACAGAGAAGUCUGAUGUGUACAGCUUUGGCAUGGUUUGUUUUGAAGUUCUGACUGGGAAAGUCCCUUUUGAGGAUAGCCAUCUUCAAGGGGAUAAAAUGAGUCGAAACAUUAGAGCAGGAGAGAGGCCACUUUUUCCUCAUAGCAUGCCAAAAUAUGUGACGAACUUGACAAAGAGGUGUUGGCACACCGACCCGAAUCAAAGGCCGAGCUUCACGUCUAUUUGUAGGAUUCUUCGAUAUACAAAGCGAUUUGUUGCAAUGAAUCCUGAUUACAAUAGCCAGACAGAUCCUGCUAUGCCAACAGUAGAUUACUGUGACAUUGAGUCAGGUUUGUUGAGGAGGUUGCCUCCUUGUGGAAUAAGUGAUGCCGCAUCACCAAUUACAGAUAUUCCAUUUCAGAUGUUUGCAUACAGAAUCGUUGAAAAAGAGAGAGCUGGUGCCACCUUUAAAGAUACAUCAGAAUCAGGAAGUGAUGCCUCAGCAUGUGGGGAUGAAACGGGAUCAUCAAUAGACGAUCCUUUCCCGACGUCAGUUGAGAAAAAACUACCAGCUCCGCGUGAAGGUAGUAGGAGGCUUUCAUUGACCAAGAACAAUUCUGAUAUCAAACUGAACAAGCUACCAGGCACACCGAAAGGACGAUUUUCAAGGCCUCCGCAAAUCAGUCCUCGUGGGCGAAGUUUGCGAAUGAAUUCUGAAAGCCAGCUUAUGACAAUAAGUCCAAAGGUUAGAAGAUCAUCUGGUCAUGCCUCAGAUUCUGAGCUACCCUAAAACCAAGGAAGAAGUAUUGAUGUAACUGACGACCUCAGUGAUUUAAAGGCAUGCUUAUAAAUGUUCCCCAUCGCCUGUAUGAACUACAGGCUUCACAGGCAAGUUCUUUUUCUUCCUAGAUGGAUGGGUGGAAAAGGAAAUAUGGAGCUGCGCUUCGAAGAUGAGAAUGAUCCAACACAUUUUGCAACUAGGGAUAAUCAAUCUUUAGCAAAGAGCAGUGAUCAACCGGGAAAAGAGGGGGAAAUUGCUGGAGGAUUUAGUCAUUGCCAAAGGGUAUAUACUUCUUUCAAAGUUUUGCUAUCUAUCUUCAAUUCUAACAGCAACAAAAAUACCUGAAUGAAAGAAAAGCACACACUGUAAGUUGUGAAGAGCCUACCUGCCCAGCCAAAAAAGAGAAUUCUGCAAACCUCAACAGAAGAUGAUGAAGCUGCUGUUUUCGCCCACAGAAAUGGUCUCGGGAAUGGAAGAGGGAGGGAUCAAGAAUGCAUGAAAAAGGAAACAAACAUUUUAUAAAAUUUUACUAGAACAUACCAGACUCCAUAUGAGAUGUAUUGAUUUAAUACUGAUUUUAACAUUUGGAAUGAGAAUUAAACUUAGCGUGAAAUUUAACA